AAUCCAUACUCUCGCUUUGUACCUGGACUCGGUACAGGUACGGUACCUUACUUUGCUCUCCAUAUUUGUGUUUCCCCUUGCGGCCUCUUGUCCUCCAUUAUGCGACCAUGGAGACUAUGUCGCCAGUCCAUCCGACAUGACAGCUCACCCUCCACGAACCUGCGCCGUUCCCGAUCCUUCUAUCAUCAUAACAUCCCCGUCUCUCUACCGAGAUCCUCGUCCAGGGCUACCUCGACCACGCCCCUUCCCCAAUUGCGAUCGGUCCUGCGCGCGUCGACCGCUUCCACCAGCUCCACAACAGCGCCCACCCCCGGCUCGAUCGUGACCAUCCAUGGCUUUGUCCGAUCGGUGCGCCGACAGAAGCGCAUCGCCUUUGCGGCCAUUGGCGAUGGAUCGUCGCUCGAACCGUUGCAAGUGGUCCUACAGCCUGAACAUGCGGAAGAGCUUUCGAAUGGGACAGCCGUUACCGUGACUGGCAAGUGGGAGGCGUGCCCGCCUGGGAAGAAGCAGUCCUAUGAGCUACAUGCGACGCAUUUGAAGGUGCUGGGGCAGAAUGAUGCGACGGCAUCCCCCAUUCAGAAGAAAUAUCAGACGUCGGAGUUCCUCCGCACACUACCACAUCUACGCCCUCGUAUCCCAUUCAACUCGAUACUGUUGCACCUCCGAUCGCAAGCGAUCUCCUCCAUUACCACCUACUUCAACCGCCACGGUUUCGUCCAGACGCACACUCCCCUGAUCACCUCGUCCGACUGCGAAGGCGCCGGCGAAGCUUUCACCGUGACCACUGAACCCCCACCCCCCGCACUCUCGUCCUCCCCCCCUCACCCCACCCCGCCUCCCGACCCCUUCUUCCGCACCCCCAAGUACCUCACCGUCUCCUCCCAACUCCACCUCGAAGCCUACGCCCAAGCCGUUGGCCGCGCCUGGACCCUCUCCCCCGCCUUCCGCGCCGAAAAAAGCGAUACCCCCCGACAUCUUAGCGAAUUCUACAUGCUCGAAGCCGAGCUCUGCUUCGUUGAUGACCUCUCCCAGAUUAUGGACGUCGUCGAGCACCUGCUGCGCGACCUCGCACGCACCCUUCUCGCCUCAGAUCUGGCGCACGACUUGAUCGAGGGCGCACGCAUCCGUGCGCAGGAGCACGGGGAUGCCGGGCCGAGCGCCCACGACGCGAAAGUGGUGGGGGCGACGGCGUUACGUGCGCGGUGGGACGGGCUGGUCGCCGCGGACUGGCCGCGCAUCACGUACGCGGAGGCGGUCGAGCACCUUCGAUCGGCAGUGGCGGAGGGCGCGGUGGAAUUCGAGCAUGCACCGGAGUUUGAGGGGGGGUUGCAGGCGGAGCAUGAGCGGUACGUCGCGAGCUCGAUUGGGCGAGGGGGCCCGGUGUUCGUGACGGACUAUCCGCGGGCGAUGAAGCCGUUCUACAUGGCGCCGAGUGAGGGCGGCGAGCAGGAGCUGGGCAGAGAGGGGAGGGAGACGGUGGCGUGCUUUGAUUUGCUGGUGCCGGAUAUCUGUGAGUUGGUGGGGGGGUCGAUGAGGGAGCAUCGGCUAGAGCCGUUGUUGGAGAAUAUGCGGAGGCAGGGAUUGAUGCCGGCGGGUGGCGAGCCGGGGGAGGGAAAUGCGUUGGAUUGGUAUGUGGAUUUGCGGCAGUAUGGGAGUUUGCCGCAUGGUGGGUUUGGGUUGGGGUUUGAUAGACUCCUAGGCUAUUUGGCUGGGGUCUCUAAUAUUCGAGACGUGGUGGGAUUCCCGAGAUGGUACGGUAGGUGUGACUGUUAGGUCAUGUACACAUGAAUUGUAGACAUAUAGACUGUACUUCUAGGCUGUAUGAUAGAUGACUCAACUGAAGGCUGAGCUAGUUGGAUGUAUGAACUCCCAAUGGUCCACAUUAUGCUUGAGUUAUGAACCUUCAGCAUUUUGCCACGCCUGGUACACCUCCUCCAAGGCCUCUGCAAUAACAUUCGCAUCCCUCUCUUCGUCCGCCUGCCAAUUCGACACCGCAAUCCGCGACGCCGGCUGACCCUCCCACACGGUCCCCGAAACAUAGAUCUUCUUCCGCCGGUUGAUCGCUUUCACCAGCGACGCAUUC